CCCUCCGACAGCGCCCCCCGUCUCCAAACGGCCCGCACCCCGCCCCUGGCGGCCGCCUCGCGCGGCUCCCGGGGUUCCCGGCUCCCAGUCCCCGGAGCCGGAGCCCGCUCCCGGCUCCCAGCGCGCCGCGCCGCCCCCCGCAUGCUAAUGGCCGGGCCGCCUCCCGCCGCACACAAUGCGGGCCAGGGCCGGGGGCGGGGGACCGGGGAGGGGGCGGGGGCCGGGCCGGGGGCGGGGGGGCCGGGGCCCGGCGCAUCUCCCCCGGCCCCACGUAACGCUGACGCCCGCGCCGCCGGCCCGCCGCCCGCCGCCGCCGCCGCCGCCGCCCGCUCCGCCGCCGCCCGCUCGGGGCUCCUCUUCAGCACCUGUUGCCUUCACUAGCAGCUUUUCCUCCUCCUCCUCCCCGCACUCCCCAGAACCAAAGAAUGUGAAAGGGGUCCAUGGAGGGCUCACGUCCCCGCGCUCUGGGCGGCCACUUAGCGCCCUCACCGCCGGCCUUCGACGGAGAACUGGAUCUGCAGCGCUACUCCAACGGACCGGGCCUGACCGCAGGGUCUCCAGGAAUGGGAGCGGUGGGCUGGUCUGAGAGUCGCGCUGGCGAAAGGCGCUUUCCCUGCCCUGUAUGCGGAAAGCGCUUCCGCUUCAAUUCUAUCCUGGCUUUGCAUCUGCGGGCGCACCCGGGCGCCCAGGCCUUCCAGUGCCCACACUGCGGCCACCGUGCAGCUCAGCGGGCCCUGUUGCGCUCGCACCUGCGCACGCACCAGCCAGAGCGCCCGCGAAGUCCCGCCGCACGCCUGCUGCUGGAGUUGGAGGAACGCGCGCUAUUGCGCGAGGCCCGGUUAGGAAGAGCCCGAAGCUCAGGGGGCCUGCAGGCCACCCCUGCCACUGAGAGCCUGGUGCGGCCCCAGGCUCCAUCAGCGUCCUCCUUCCGUUGCCCCUUCUGCAAAGGCAAGUUUCGCACCGCAGCGGAGCGGGAACGCCACCUGCACAUCCUGCACAGGCCCUGGAAGUGCGGCCUAUGCAGUUUCGGCUCCAGCCAGGAGGAGGAGCUGCUGCACCACAGCCUGACGGCCCACGGAGCUCCUGAGCGCCCUCUGGCGGCCACCUCGGCUGCCCCGCAGCCUCAACCUCCGCCCCAACCUGAACCCAGAUCAGUCCCUGAGCCCGAGCAGGAGCCGGAGCAGGAGCCGGAGCCGGAGCUGGAGCCCGAACGCGAGGCAACCCCAGCCCCUGCUGCUCCUGAGGAGCCCCCUGCGCCUCCAGAGUUCCGUUGUCAAGUGUGUGGCCAGAGCUUCACACAGUCCUGGUUUCUCAAGGGCCACAUGCGCAAGCACAAGGCCUCUUUUGAUCAUGCAUGUCCCGUGUGUGGCCGUUGCUUCAAGGAGCCCUGGUUCCUUAAGAAUCACAUGAAGGUGCAUGCCAGCAAGCUGGGCCCACUGCGUGCCCCGGGGCCUGGCUCUGGGCCUGCCCGGGCUCCCCAACCUCCUGACCUGGGCCUGCUGGCCUAUGAGCCGCUGGGCCCCACGCUCCUCUUGGCGCCAGCGCCCACCCCGGCUGAGCGCCGUGAGCCUGCAAGCCUCCUGGGCUACCUGAGCCUGCGAGCUGGCGAAGCCCGGCCCAAUGGCGAGGGCGCCGAGUCGGGGGCUGGCCGCAGCUUCGGAGGCUUCCGCCCCUUGCCCUCUGCGCUCCCCGCCCGGGCUCGCCGGCACCGCACCGAGGAGCCCGAGGAAGAAGAGGAGGUAGUGGAGGCUGAGGAGGAGACCUGGGCCCGAAACAGGGCGUUGGGCCCUCUGGCUUCGCUGCACCCACGCCCAGGGGAGGGGCCAGGGCACUCUGCAUCUGCUUCCGGGGCCCAGGCAAGGCCCACUGCCACGCAGGAAGAGAAUGGGCUGCUAGUCGGAGGGAACCGGUCUGAAGGGAGCCGGGGGGCCACCGGCAAAGAUUGUCCCUUCUGCGGAAAAUCAUUCCGCUCAGCGCAUCACCUCAAAGUGCAUUUGCGAGUGCACACAGGCGAGCGCCCCUACAAGUGUCCGCACUGCGACUACGCGGGCACCCAAUCUGGCUCGCUCAAGUAUCAUCUGCAGCGCCACCAUCGGGAGCAGAGGAGUGGGGCUGGCCCAGGGCCACCCCCGGAGCCGCCCCCUUCCCAGAGGGGUUCAGCCCAGACGUCUGGAGCCAAGGUGGCUCAGCAGCCUGCGACUUGGGUGGAGGGCACCUCGAGCCCCCGGCCUUCCAGCAGCGCCGCGCCGGGGUCCCGUAGGAAGCCUGCCAGUCCUGGGAGGACCCUGCGCAAUGGGCGAGGCGGUGAGGCCGAACCCCUGGACCUGUCCCUGCGGGCGGGGCCGGGAGGCGAGGCCGGGCCCGGGGGUGCCCUCCACCGUUGCCUCUUUUGCCCCUUCGCCACCGGAGCCCCUGAGCUCAUGGCCUUGCACCUGCAAGUGCACCACAGUCGCCGGGCUCGGGGCCGCCGGCUUCCCCAGGCUGAUGUGUCGCUGCCCUAUGUCCGAGCACCAUCAGGAGAGACCCCUUCCAGUCCUCCUCUGCAGGAAGGGGAGGAGGGUCCCGGGCUGUUGAGGUCCGGAGAGGUGGGGUUGGGGGGGCAAGAACGGUAGGGAGCCCUCUUAGGGGCUGUUAGUUUAGUGAGCUUACCCUGCAGGAGCGGGGGAGCACUAGAGGUAGUUGGGUAGAGCAGCCAGCAGGGGGGCAGUGUGGGACCCAUAUCCCAGCCCCAGGUGGACCAGAGGUAAAGGGUAUGGAGGGCAUAGGGGGGUGGGUGGGCGGUAUGCACCCAGCCCAGGGGAGUCACAGUGCCUUAGAAGUGGCAGGGGUGAGGAUCAAAGAAUGGGUUCCCAGGGCUGGCAGAGAGGAUUGUGCCCCUGUUGAGGAGAUGCUCUGCCAGUCCUUGCUGGUCCAUAGGCAUGAGAGUUUAUUUUUGUACAAUGGGUGGGGGUGGGGGGCACUGUACCCUUCUAAGCCCCUUCAGGGGUCCUGUAGACGUCGCUAUUUUUGGUACGAUUCCUGUCAUCCCUGUCGCAGAGUUGUGUCCCCAAUAAACAGGUGUCUUGAGGCA